AUGAAAUCCGCAGUGCUCAUCUUCGCAAUCUUGGCUUGCUUCGUGCUACUGACGACCGCAGCACCAGCUAAUGAACCUGGCGUACAAUUUCUGAAAUACAGCAACGAUCAGGAGCUUGAGGAACUACAAAAACAAAUCAUCGCUCAAUACGAACACCUUGGAGGCACGUCGCAAUUUCAUCAAAUUCAAAGCGCCAGCGUUGUUGAUCCGGCCACUUUGAGAAUCAGUAUCUAA